AUGUAUGCAAAGACACAAGGGAAAAAGAAGAAGAAGAACUCACACAAUAAUGGCAAUAAGGUGAUACAGAGAAAUGGGAGAAAUAAAAGAGAAAAGAGAAAAAUAAGAACGACACUUUUGUUCAUUAUGUUGACUGAGAAUACAGACCAUCCAGAGAUCACAUAUGCAUUAGAGAAGGAGGAAUGGGAGAAAUGCAUGGAUGUGUAUUAUUUUGUGUUGAAUGGAGUACCUAACAUUGAAGGUAACUCAAUAAUUUGUACACAAACAUACUCUUUGGAGAAGAACUGGAUUGAAGGGAAUUAUUAG